CAAUAUUUGUUGGUCGUACAACAUUACUACAUGGAUAUUAUUCUUUGUUUCUGUUUCAGAAAAACAAAAAAAAAAAAAAAAUCUUUUAAUAACAUAUCAAAGGCACACUCCCGAAGUCCCGAACGGAAGACACACUUGUUUGCGUACUGCUUCUGCCUCAGUUCCUUCCUCUGCAACCACCUCUCCAGUCCUCUCUCUCUUUCUCUCUCACUCUGCUUCACGUCUCCCUGCCGCCAGCACCUCUCGUCCGCUGCCACCGUCGCCAUCUUCCUGCAGGAUUCAGACUACAAGGACAGUUUAAGUUCUACACUGGAUACCAAUAUCUUGAUAAAUUAUAAUCAUCCUAAUUUUUUUAGAUUUGGUUUAAUUUUUAGGCUUUGCUGUAAGAAAGAAGGGAAGGAACAAUUAAUCAUGGGUUGGGGUCACAUUGGAAGAAAUGGCAGUGACGAAGCUGGUCCUAGCAGCACCGUCCCCACAACCACCGAGCCACGGCGGUUCCCGCUGGCUGCUCAGCCGGAGAUGAUGCGUGCUGCUGAGAAGGACGAGCAGUAUGCCUCUUUCGUCUAUGAAGCCUGCCGCGACGCCUUCCGGCACCUCUUUGGUACAAGGGUUGCUGUUGCUUAUCAAAACGAGACAAAACUCUUGGGACAAAUGUUGUACUAUGUUCUCACAACAGGAUCAGGGCAGCAGACACUUGGGGAGGAGUACUGUGACAUCACUCAGGUUGCUGGUCCUUAUGGGCUGCCUCCUACCCCUGCAAGGCGUACUCUUUACAUUGUAUACCAGACAGCGAUUCCUUAUAUUGCAGAUCGUAUUAGUUCACGAAUUGCUUCCCGUGGCAUUGCCCUCGCUGAUUCAGAGUUUGCGGAGAGUUAUGGUGAUAGUGCUAUCAGGAGCAGUAAUUCACAGGAUUCUGCGGCUAGUCCUUCAACAUCAGGACAACAUAGUACAACUCUUUCAAGAUUGAAGCAAAAACUGAGUGGUUUUUGGUUGCAUGUGGUUCAGCAAUGGCCUGCGAUGCUCCCUUUUGUGCGUGAAUUGAUACAGCUGGUUCUUCGUGCUAAUCUAAUGCUGUUCUACUUUGAAGGCCUUUAUUAUCAUAUAUCCAAGCGUGCUGCAGGCAUUCGUUAUGUCUUCAUUGGAAAACCAUCAAAUCAAAGACCCAGAUACCAAAUACUAGGAGUAUUUCUGCUGAUUCAACUUUGUGUAAUAGCUGCGGAGCGGCUACGUCGAAGAAAUUUAUCUUCAAUUGCUGGCUCAGUUCAUCAGGCAUCCUUUGCAACCCAACAGAGAUCAGCAGGACAUGGUUUGCCUGUUCUGAAUGAAGAAGGUAAUCUGGCAUCUCUAGAUACUGACGAAGGAGGUUGGGUCUUUGAUUCUUCAUCUUCUGAGUAUGGAACUAGCAAAUGCACUCUUUGCCUAAGUAAUCGUCAACAUCCAACAGCUACAUCCUGUGGCCAUGUAUUUUGCUGGAACUGUAUCACAGAAUGGUGCAAUGAAAAGCCAGAAUGUCCUCUUUGCCGCACCCCAAUAACACAUUCAAGUCUAGUUUGUGUGUAUCAUUCAGACUUCUAGAGUAUGCAUUUCUUCAGCUGCAAUCUCUUGUAUAAAAGAGAGAGGAUAUAUCAUGAAAGGCAACAUUUUGCUUGUCUUGAAUCUUGCAAGGAUUUUAUUUAUUUAUUUAUUUAUAAUGAUGUCAUUACAAGGGAUACUUGGAUGUUCCUAGAGUAUGUUUAUGUUUAAUUAAUUGACACAUUUACAACCACUCAAUUUAUGUGGUUUUUGUAUAACUACUAACAUUAAAAUAAUAAAAUGAAAAUAUAUGGUGGUUUAUGUUUGUA